AAUAAAAAACAUAAAAUAAGAAUUAAAUUAAAGACGUAUGUAUUUAUUAUUUAUUAGAAUUCAUUUAUCACUCUUUGUUUCAAUAAAACCAAUAAUUACACAACGAAAAUAGGUCAACGUCCGUUGUAUUACAAAUUUAAAAUAAUUCUUUCGUCAAAUCGUCAGUACAGCUGUGUUUGCGCGCCAAAAUGCACGCUUAGAAACUAGAGAUAUCCGCACUCGGCAGUACCUUAGAAGUUUAGAAGUAAUAGAGCUGAUAUUUUUCAUUUGAAACGUAAACAUGGAGACAACAGACGAGAAAAACAGGUUAGGAAAAAUUAAAUCCUUUAUAAAGACGAAAACUGAUUUUUUAAUAGAAUAUGAAACAGGAGAAUCGGCGAAAUUGACCAUUCUGAACCGACACGUAUUCAGAUAUCACAUGUCGCCGACCGGGAACUUCCCUGAGUACCCUACGCCUAACAACAACGAUGAUGAAGCCAGAAUAAAUCACAAAAGGGUCAGUGAAUACGAGACUGAACCGUUCAAACUCUCCCUGCUCGAAGAAGACAAAGAAUUUCACAUCGUCGAUACUAAUGAGAUAAGAAUACAGUUUGAUAAAACGAAUAGUGUUAUGUCGAUAGUCGAUCGGAGAACCGACGAAGUGGUUCUCAAAGAAUACCAACCAAUAUUCUAUGACUAUGGCGUCAUCGUUCAAGAGUUGAAACAACACAACAAUGAAUAUUUCUUCGGAGGGGGCAUGCAAAAUGGUCGCUUCAGUCAUAAAAAUGAGGUCAUUGAAAUUGUAAACAACAACGAGUGGGAUGAUGGUGGUAUUGCCUCUCCUUGUCCAUUCUUUUGGUCCACGCGUGGGUACGGCGUGCUCCGUAACACUUGGCAACCAGGAAAUUAUGAUUUCGGUUCGGAAAACAAAGACAAAAUCGAAACUAUGCAUUAUGGUGAAGAUUUCGAUGCAUUUUACUUUAUAAAUAAGAAACCAAAGGAUAUUCUAAACGAUUAUUUCGAGCUAACUGGAUUCCCUAUAUUUAUGCCAGAAUACGCGUUUUAUGAAGCCCAUUUGAACACCUUCAAUCGCGAUUACUGGGUAAAGGUUACGCCGGAAACGAAAGGCGCGAUCUUGUUUGAAGACGGCGAAUUUUACAAAAGUUUUCAGCCCAGCGAGAUCGGUAACAAAAAAGGUAUAUUAGAAUCAUUGAACGGAGAAAAUAAUAAUUACCAAUUUUCCGCGAGAGCUAUGGUAGAUAGAUAUCGAAAACACGAUAUGCCACUAGGUUGGUUCAUACCAAACGAUGGAUAUGGCUCGGGUUACGGCCAAACGGACACGUUGGACGGCGAUAUCGAAAACUUAAGGGAAUUCGUGCGAUAUUCAAACAAUAAAGGGGUACAAGUUGCACUUUGGACCGAGUCUAACCUCGAACCCAAGGAUCCAAAAAAUCCUAAGAAAAGCGAACGAGAUCUUUGCAAGGAAAUUAGCGUAGCAGGGGUCGUCGCUUUGAAAUGUGAUGUGGCUUGGAUAGGCAGCGGCUACUCUUUCGGGCUGAACGCAGUCGAAAAGAGCACGAAUAAAUUUACUGCUAGCACUAGAAACAAGGCUAGGCCCUUGAUAAUAAUGGUUGACGGUUGGGCUGGAACUCAGAGAUACGCAGGCAUUUGGAGUGGAGAUCAAUCUGGGGGCGAAUGGGAAUACAUACGUUUCCACAUCCCCACUUACAUCGGUACCGGUUUAUCUGGCCAGCCUGUCGUUGGUUCAGAUAUGGACGGAAUUUACGGCGGUGGGCAUAGAGAAAUUAAUAUUCGUGAUUAUCAGUGGAAAACUUUUACACCAUUGCAACUAAAUAUGGACGGCUGGGGUAAUACACCGAAAACCCCGUUCAGCUUUGACGUUGAAUCAACGAACAUAAACAGAGCUUACUUGAAAUUGAAAUCUAUGUUACUACCUUAUAAUUACACUAUCGGUCACGAAUCAACUAAAGGUUUGCCAAUGAUAAGGGGUAUGUUCUUGGAAUUUCCGAACGAAAUACCUGCCUACACGUUGGAAUCGCAAUACCAAUACAUGUGGGGUCCAAGUCUGUUAGUAGCCCCUAUCUACUGUAACUAUAAGUCCUCGGAUGGUGAUUCAAUUAGACAUGGAAUUUAUCUUCCAAAUCCAAAACAGAUAUGGAUUGAUUUGUUUACGGGUGAAAAAUAUAUUGGCGGUAAAAUCUACAACAACUUUAACUGCCCGCUGUGGAAGAUUCCCGUUUUUGUUAAAGAUGGUGCAAUCAUACCGUUCGUGAACCCUAAUAAUAAUGUAACUGAAGUACAAAGGGAUAAAAGAAUAAUUAGAAUAUAUCCGAACAAUGAAACCACCUUCGAUAUUUACGAAGAUGAUGGCAUAACUACUGAUUAUUUAGAUAGAAUAUCGGCUACAACGCGUGUUAAUGUAGAAGGUCCACCUUCUAAUGAGCGCGGCGACUUAUACAUACACAUCCACAAAACAAAAGGAUUCUAUAGAAAUAUGGUUGUAAAUCGAUCAACAAUUUUACAAAUCAUCGUAUCUAAAGACGUUGAGCUUGUAGAAGUUUUGGUCAAAGGAGAAUCCAUUAAAAUUAACAAAGUUGAAACUGAUGAAUCAUUCGAAAAGAAAGAGAACAUUUAUUAUUACAAAAAAGAUUUUUACGCGAACCCGUAUCUUGCGGAUUGUGGUGGCGAGGCAAUUAAGCAAAAAUGUGUAUUAAUCAAAAUACAAAAGGUCGAUAUUUCAAUAGAAGAUAUAAUAAUAAAAGUGAACGGAUUCGCAAAUGAAACACCUAUAUUGGGUAACGUUGUAAAUAUUGACAAAAAUAUAAAAACACCCGCUUCGUUUACCGUUGACGAGAACAAAAUUACUGGAAACAGUAUUACUUUAAAAUGGAAUGAAACAGAAAACGCAGAUUACUACGAAAUAGAAAAAGACGGCUUUAUUUAUAGCUAUAUAAUCGGUGAUAUAUUCACAUUCAACGAUCUGAAAGGCCACAGCGCAUAUUCAUUUAGAAUUAGAGCUGUAAGCCCCGUUGGCGUAUCAAAGUGGAGUUAUUUGAUUACGGUCGAAACAGCCCAAAGUUUGUAUGAAAAUGCCCUAAAAGACGUACAGGUUUCAUGCAAUAUACCCUGUGAGGAUGGCCAGGAGGUACAUAAUCUUACCAACGGUAAAAAGAGCAUAUGGCACACAUGUUGGUCCAAACAACACCAAGCUUACCGAGAAACAGGUGGCGUCAUUAGGCUGACUUUCGAUUUAGGGGAUAUUUACCCAAUCAAGUUAAUAGAAUACACACCGCGCAAAGACGCCGGCAACGGAACAAUACUGCUAUUGCAGUACAAAUGUUCUACUGAUGGGAAACAUUGGACCAAAGAUUCCGAUCCUAUAAAAUGGGAUUUAGAUAAUAAAGUCAAGACUAUUGCACUAAGUGGCGACAAAUUUAGAUACAUUCAAAUACACAUUUUGAAGUCGAUAGGUGGAUUCGGUUCGGGCGAAUCUAUCAGGUUCUAUCCAUAAUUAAAAUUCAAAGAACAUUGUAAACGAAC